AUGGCAUGGCAACUCAAGAACAAGAGACUCCAGUCCCAGGGGCCAGGAGGCCUCAACACCAACUCUUCUUCCUUAACGAACUCUCUCCUCAACAAUAACGCCCAUAAUCUCCUCUCGUCCAAAUCUCCAUCUUCGAAUGCAAACACCCUCACCGGUGGCCUCCACAACAACCAUCUCGCCAAUCAUCUUGACGCCUCCGAAGACAUGGUCCGCCAAUUCGCCGCAUCCCAAAUCGACACCCAAAAGACGACCUUCAUGCGCUGGGUCAAUGUCCAGCUGGCCACCACCACCGCCUAUAGCCCGAUGACGACGAUCGAGAAGGACCUCAAGGACGGAAAGCGACUUAUUGGUUUGCUGGAGGUUGUCUCGAAGGAGCCGCUUAAACCUGAGCGCGGUAACAUGCGUAUCCACCAGAUGGCCAACGUCUCCAAGGCACUGGCGUUCCUGGAAAAGAAGACGGACGAGCCACUGCAGUCGAUUGGUAACGAGGAUAUCGUUGACGGCAAUGUCAAGUUGACACUGGGUCUUAUCUGGAAUAUUAUCUACCGCUUCCAGAUCCAGCAUAUCGCUAACACCAUGACCGAGAUCUACCCCAGUCUCCUCAACGACAUAAUGGAAGAGGAAGCGUCAGUAGUCAACCAGAAAAAGAAAAAGGGUGCCUCGCAGCACCAGGUCGAUGCCAAGCAGGCUCUCCUCCGCUGGGUCCGCCUCCAACUUGAAGACUACUCCGAUAUUAUCCCUCCAAUCCAGGAUUUCCACCGAUCAUGGAAGACAGGCGUCGCUUUUGCCGCACUCAUCCACCGACAUGACCCCAACAUCCUCCCCGACUUUUACAACUCUAUUCUCCAGGCCUCUCACGAGACCAUCGAACAAUCCCGCAAAACUCUUACAAUAGCCUUCGACGCCGCCUUUGAACGGAUGACCCUCCCACGACUCUUGGACCCAGAGGAUCUGGUCGAUGUUGAAACGCCCGACGAACGCUCUAUUAUGACCUACGUCUCGGAAUAUUACCUCAUCAUGUCCCAACACCAACAGGAGCAGGAUCCCGUCGUCGCAGAGGAACUCCAUACAAGCCGACAACAGGCCAAGGAACAUCGUGUCACAUCCGCAGAGGAAGAUUUACAGGCAGAGCUGCGACGGACACAGGAGGAUGAGGAGCGCAAGAAGCGAGAAGAGCUCGAAGAACUUGAGCGUAUCCGACUCCGUCGUAUGGAAAUCGAAGGCUGGUCUAUCCGUGCUGUCGAAAGAGCCCGUGAGGAGGAGGAGGCUCGCAAGAAACGCAGGGAGGAGGAGGAAGAGAAAAAUCUGCAGCGGAAACUGAAGCGAGAGGCACGAGAGCGCGAAAAGGCGAUUCUGUACGAACAGACUUAUGGACGUCCCCCAAGGGGCGCUACGGCGGCGGCUGCUCAGGGCGAUGAGGAGGAAGAAGGCGGCGUCGCAGGCGAAGAUGGCGUGCAUAGUGUGCAUAGCGUGCAUGGGUUCUCAACAACGACAACAAUUAUACCCAUGGACCCAGAGGAGCUGGCAAGGCGGCAGGCCGAACUGGAUGAGAAGCUGGAGCGAUAUUUGAAGCAGGCUCAGAAUCUGUUGGACUGGGUUGAGCGUCAGGAUGAGAACUUGCCACCAACACCCGACACCACUGCACCAUUGGACCGGUCUCGAGAUCUCGACCAGUUCAAGCUCGAGGUCCAGCAAGCAGAGGAGGCCAGGAGACGCAAAGAAGACGACUUCUCGCUUGUACAUUCUAUCCGCGACGAGGUCCUCGAUUUCGAGUCUCCCGAUCUCACCUCUGAGCAGGUCACCCACGUGGAGGAGAUGUGGCAGGAACUUGAUACUCUUUGGACCGCUUUCAGCAAACGCACCUCAGGAGCCAUGGAUGCCGUUCAGGAGAUUCAGUGGAUUGUCGAGUGUUCUCAGGAGAUUGACCGUAUUCUCAGCGACCUGCAGCGAUUCCAGGAACAGCUCCAACUCACUGCCGAAAAGCGCUCGCUCGACUCUCUCCAGGACCGUUCUCAGGGAUCCGUGCUCGACCACCAGGAGUCCAACGUCGUCUCGAUCAAACUCCUCUGGAAGAGGUACACCGACACUCUGUCUAAUAUUCUCGUCUCGGAGACUUACACGCCUCCUGCCCAUCUUGCCCAACAAAGCGAACAAGUCAACACCGUCGACCUUCCCAGCCUCGGAGCUCUUAUUAUCGAGGCACACAACAACCUGUCGAACGAUCGCUUACUCCAGACGUUCCUGUACACCUUUGUGCUUUCGGAGGAAUGGAUCGAGAAGAGUGUUGAGUUACUCGUCAGUCUCAAAGACCCUAGCUUUGUCACCAGGGAUGUCUGGAGGUCAGGCGAGACGGUCAAGGACUUUUUGGCCAGAGACACGUCCCGGGACGACCACCUCGACAAGUACCGGGCCGAAACGACCGAGCGUCAGGUUCGCCUGGAGGAGGAAAAGACAAAGCUGGAUGAGUUCCGGUCAACAGGCCUCGAAAAACUGGAACAGGAGGCGCAGGCUGUCAUUGCAGGAGUCGAAGAGACUCAGGAUGUCACAGCCCCCGAGACCGUUGCGGCGGUCGAGAAGAAGAUGAGCGGAGUCAAGGCUCGUUUGGAUCAGGUUGAGACGAUGUUGCCCAAGGAACUGGAUCGGCGCGCAUAUGCCUCGCGUGUGCUCGACUACCUGGAGGCUGCACGUUCGACUCAGGCACUGCUGGAGACGGCGUUCAAUGCUGUCAACAGCUGGGUCUUGACCCAGCCGGGUACUGAGGCUGAGGAGACUGUCAACAAGGUGACCAGCAGCCUGGCCCAACUGGAGGCGACUUUCAAGAACGCCGAUGUUCAGCCUGUAGUGUGGGAUUCGAUCCAGAUCCGUCACAAGGGGUUGAGCAAUCUUGUGAGGGAUCUGUCGUCGUGUCUUCAGGAGAAGCAGGAGACCUUGAUCGCGGACAAGCAGAUGAAGGAGUUCCUGGAUGUCACUCAGUCCUGCCAGAUGACUCUCCGCGAGUUCCGUUCGGACCUCUACUGUGAUACCCCUUUCAAGGGCAUGAUCUCGGACGAUACUACACCCUUUGACGAGUUUGCGGCCAUGGUCUCAAGAGUCGGUCAGGCGUUCGAUGUCUUUGAGGAGGCCAACUACAACAAGUAUCAGGGUAUGGCGGCCGCGAUGACAGCUUCGUCUACUGCGGCAGGAUCUAGGCAGGACCCGACUGUUGUGCAGGCCAAGAUCGCCAGUGUCCGCCGACUCUUUGACGACAUUCGUGCCUUGAGAGCUGAUCGCGAGCGGGAUGUGAUCAACCUGGUCGAGUGUCGUCGUGUCAUUACGACCAUUAAGCGUCUGGACGCCGAUUUGACGUCUGUCGACAACCGUCUGACAGCUUUGGAGAUUACGGACCCGGACCAGAAGCAGACUCUGAACGGGCUGGUCGAUCAGGCUAGCCAGCUUGCGAACGAGUUCUUGUUGAUCGAACAAGGACCCGUCUUCCGUUUCAUCAACCAGGAUGCUUCCUGCGCGCCCUUGCUGAAGGAGAUUCGUGAGCGUCAAGCUCAUAUUGUCCAGAUGCAGGCUCGUCUCAGCCUUGGAUUGGAGAUCGGCGAGCAGUGGGGACUCUUGUGGGAUCAAUUCACGGACCGCGUCAAGACCCUGCAGCAGUACCUGGAAGAGUCUGAGGUUGAGAUCCGGGGACGCAGCCUCUACUCGAUCGACGGACUUGCGGAUGGCGAUUCGAACUGGAAGAAGACCGAAGAUGAGCUGCACGACGCUGAGGUAGCCAACAACAAGACCCAGACCAGUUUGAACGAGUUCAAGAGACAGCGCAUGUUGGAGUUGUCGAACCUCAAGGUUGCCCUUCACCAGUCGGUUCAGCUUUCGGGAGGCAUUGAGUCUCUGGAUCAGAUCAGGACGGAGCAGUACCACGAGGCUGAGCAGAUGCAGCAAAAGUUGAGAGAGCACCUUCAACGGUUGUAUCUAUUGAACAACCAGGAGGGGUUCCAGCUUGAAAUCAUUGGACAGCGUCUUGUGUGGUCUCAGCAGCUUGCUGAAUCUGAGAUCCACCUUGCCAAAUCCACCGUUGCCUGCCAAGAUACUGUCGAAGAGUACACUCAGAUCAUUGCCAGUUGCCAGCAGAGCGACAGCACCGCUGAUCUGAAUGCAAAGGUGGUGGAUCAGUUGAAGCAGCAGAUGAACCAGAUCUCCUCCUCAGCAGCAACCCAAAAAGAGGCAUCCAUGGACGUCACUCUCACCAUUUAUGACUCGCUCGCAGAGCUCGCCACCAUGCCCGCACCAGGAGAGUCGGCCGAUUCACCUGAAGUGCAGGCGAAGAAGGUGCCCCUCCAUCUCGAGGUGGAACUCUACGAGUACAAGUCCCGGUACGCCAUGUUGGAUCAUCAUCUGGAGUAUGCCCAGCAAGUAGUCGAGCAUGCGGUCCAAACGGCGUCGUUUAUCCGAAUGAAUGAUGUUAUGGAUAGCGGGUUCCUGAGGAUGGAGACGGAGCUCAAGGCUGAGCGGGAGGCCAACCCAAAGACGCUGGAGAAGAUGAAUGCUAUCCGGAAGGAGCUUGCGGACUUGACGGAGAAACAUCGUGCGGUUGCCAAGAUGCCUAAGCCCGCCGACAAGGUCUCCGAGGUCUAUACCGAGUCCCAGCAGAGUACUCGGGCUCGUUUGGAGGAGGUGCUUGCGUCUCGUCUGGAGCGCAGUGCGCAGUUGAGCAAGAACUUGGAUCCUCAUCUCAUCGGAUUCCAGGCCCUGCUGGCGUACCAGAAUGGACUCCGUCAGCUGUACCAGACCUUGAACGAGCAUGACCGUUGGGUGACACAGUCGAACCAGAAGGUCCAGUCAACUCACGAACAGAUCAAGCAAAUGUUCUCGUCCUGGCCCGGAGACGAGCUCGAGCAGCGCAAGUACCAUAACCACGAGUCGAUGGUAGUCUUUGAUGUGGACGAGCAGGUUGUUGUUGACGAGCUGGAUGUCUUGAUGGACGAGAUGGAGAAGGAAUUUGCCCAUGUCCAGACCAUGAAGCAAGGAUUCGAGGAGACCAAGGAGCUUAUCAAGGUUGCGCUUUUGGGCGCGACUGUGCAUUCCAAGCAGCUCAGGAUGGAGUUGGAGUGGUUUGCUGAGAACUUGACGGGCAGGAUCCAGCAGCUUGAGACGGGGAUCAGGACACGGUCGUUGCAGUUGUUGGCGUUGGAGAAGCGUGCGGCUUGGGAGAAGGAGAUUGAAGUCGCCCGGUCGUGGUUCAAGGAUUUCGCCAAGGCUGUCAUCCUCUUCGCGCGCGAGCAAUCCCGCUGGAAGUCUAACCAUAAGCGUGCAGGCGACGACGACAACAUAUCCCUCCGCUCUGUCAAGACCACCGCCUCCCGAAUCCGAGUCGACAGACUGGGACUCUCCGUGAUCGAGUUCGAGGACCAGGUCGAAGUCUUUGAAACCGAGUCCCGACCUCAUGUAGACAGGGCUUGGUCAGAGUUGUGCUCGGCUCUGGCGAUCAUUGCCCGCUCGGUCCCAGACGAGUUCCAGAACCGUCAGCAUGCUUUGAGCAGAGACUUCGAGGAUAUUCGGAAACAGGUCAGCAUGAGUUCUGUGAUUGUCACGCAGCGCCGGUCUUUGGAGGAGAUGGCGUUCAGGCUGGAGUCGUUGGAGCAUUUGAAUGGUCUCAAAGAUGAGCUGAAGGAGGAGACAAAGUUCAACGGCAACCAUGGCAACGGAAACAGUAACGUCUACGCCUAUGGAAAUGGCCAAGGCAACGGCAAGGUCGCUCCUACACACCUUGCUGCCCCUGACUCCAAGGAUGGCAAGUAUGGAUCCGACACCGUCAGCACCAAGACCAAAGAGAAAAAAUGGAGCCGGUUCCAGGCCAAGGUCAAGAAACUCACCAGGCGCUAA